AUGUCGGCAAAUAGUGCUGCGCAAACUGAAGACAGGGAAACCAAGAGAGCGCGUGUUGACUCCGCUAAGGUCAUCGGCACACAUAAUGGUACAUUUCACUGUGAUGAGGCGCUCGCUUGCUUCUUGCUGAAGUUGACUUCCACGUACCGCGAUGCCCGCGUCGUGAGGAGUCGCGAUCCCAAAAUCCUGGAUGGAUGUGAUAUCGUAGUAGACGUCGGAGGUGUUUACAACGACAGCAAGAAACGGUAUGAUCAUCAUCAGCGUGGGUUUGAAGAUGUGUUUGGGCAUGGAUUCGUUACGAAGUUGUCUUCUGCUGGUCUUGUCUACAAGCAUUACGGCAAGGAAAUCAUUGCUUCGAGGCUGAAUGUUACUCCAGAUAGCCCGGUAGUGGAUUUGUUAUGGUUGAAGAUGUACAAGGAAUUCAUUGAAGCCAUUGACGGCAUCGACAACGGCGUCACUCAAUACCCAAAAGACUCACAAGCGGCUUACAGGAACCGAACUGACCUAUCAAGUCGAGUCGCAUGGCUAAAUCCAGCGUGGAACGAAUCUGCAGAUACUACUCAAAUGGACGCUCUGUUCGCGAAAGCUUCUAACAUGACUGGAGAAGAGUUCCUCAACAGGCUCGAUUAUUAUGCGAAAUCGUGGAUGCCGGCUCGAGAUAUUGUUGUAGCCGCACUGUCUAACCGUAUGACGGUGCAUUCCAGUGGGCGGAUUGUCGUUUUCGACCAAUUUGCACCAUGGAAGGAGCACUUGUUCGAUAUCGAAGAAGAACAAAACAUCCCUGACACCGAAAAACCAUUCUACAUCUUAUAUCCCGACGAGACGGCGUCAAAUUGGAGGAUACAAGCUGUACCGAUAUCUCCAGACAGCUUCGAGAGUCGGAAAGCAUUACCACAAGCAUGGCGUGGCGUUCGAGACGAUGCGUUGUCCCAGCUUUCUGGAAUCCCUGGUUGUAUAUUCGUACAUGCUAGUGGUUUCAUUGGAGGGAAUGCGACUAAGGAAGGUGUAAUGGCGAUGGCUAUCGCGGCUUUACAACAAAAUGAAUGA